CCCAAAAAUUAGAAGCAAACUUCAAUAAUUGACACGUCGAACCAUCUCUUCCCAACUCUCCAUUCCACAAUCCUCUCGCCUCCGGCCGUUCGCCACCUCGCCGGCCCCUCACCACCAGCCCCCCGCCGUCUGCUGCCCGCCUGAUCCACACGGACCAGCAUCCCUGCUCUUCCAACCAGUCCCCCAGUUCCAUCCACCCAUCUCCUCACGAGAAGCUAGCUCAAAGCCGACGCGCGGCCCGCGCCGCCGUUGGCCUCAACUCCUCUCCUUCCCUCUUCUCCUGCGUGCUGCUGGGCGCUGGCCAUAGGCCAUAGUCCUCUACCCAGCCCAAUUAGCAUCCUGCCUUGAGCCCCACCUGUAUGGGUGCAAGCAGUAGACGACGCUGGCACCCCACUCCUUUCCCAUUUUCCCCAAUCUCCAAUUUUUGAGCGGUGGGAUACAAGCAUAAUGGAGUAUAUUCUUCAGGUUUGCUUAUUGCGGUUGGAGCAACCCAGACCAAUUGUUUGUGCUAGAAUUUUUCCCAAGGAGUGAUGAAGUAAUGAUCCCUUGGUGGAUCCAGUGAGCGACCGAAUUGUCAUCGAUUGAUCAGCAAGAGUAACACAGUAAUGCCAACAGCGUUCAACUUAGUCCCAUGUCUGUUGCUAGCAGCACUAAUGGCUUUCAGUGCUACUCCUGAGGUUGAGAGCACCUCUGACUGCCCAGACAGCUGCGGCGGCAUAGCCAUCCAAUAUCCGUUUGGCAUUGGCACGGGUUGCUUCCGCAAGGGCUUCGAGAUCAUCUGCGACCGUGGCUUGGGUAUGCCGGUGCUUGCUGGCACCACGAGGCCCGUCCCAGUCAAUCUCCUCUCCAUCAGGACGGCGGAGGCCCGCGUGAUGCUGCCCGUGGCGUGGGAGUGUUUCAACUCCUCCGAUAAGGUGUACGACUGGAGCGAUGGCAACGUGCAGUUCAACCAUGAAGAGGUGUACCGCAUCUCCAACACCCACAACCAGCUCGUUGUCAUCGGCUGCAACACCCUGGGUUACACCCGGAGCCAGCGGAGUGAGGGCAACGACUACCCCUACGCCUACUACACCGGCUGCAUGUCCUUCUGCAACAACUCCAGGAGCGCGGUGAACGGAGCCUGUGCCGGCGUAGGGUGCUGCCACGUCGACAUUCCACCGGGCCUCACCGACAACAGGAUGAGCUUCGAGGAAUACACCCACAAGGCAAGGCUGGACUUCAGCCCCUGCGACUACGCCUUCCUGGUGGACAGGGACAACUACACCUUCCACACAGCCGACCUGAAGAUGGAUGUCAACGCGACGAUGCCAGUGUGGCUGGACUGGGCCAUUCGCGACAACCUGACGUGCGAGGAGGUGAAAAAGAAGGUGCAGAGCUAUGCUUGCGUGAGCUCCAACAGUGAGUGCCAUGAUUCUUCCAAUGGACCUGGGUACGUCUGCAACUGCAGCAUGGGUUACCAAGGCAACCCCUAUAUCGCCGACGGUUGUACCGAUAUCAAUGAGUGCGAAAAUCAUCAAGAGUAUCCAUGCAGAGGUGUUUGCCGGAAUACACUGGGUUCCUACGAAUGCAAAUGCCCCGGUGGUUCCCGUAGUGCUGAUCCGUUCAAUCAGCCCUGCAACCCCAAUUUUCCACUUGCAGCAAAAAUUGCCAUAGGCGCAGUAGGUGGACUUUUCAUCAUAGCGGUUGUGGUGUUUGCGAGUCUUCUUGGCAAAGAGAAAAGAAAGAUGAAAGAAUUUUUUAGAAAGAAUGGGGGUCCUAUAAUAGAAGAAGUUAACAAGAUUAAGCUAUUCAGAAAGGAGGAGCUGGAGCCAAUAUUAAAAAGAAGUAAUUGUAUUGGACAAGGUGGCUUCGGUGAGGUUUACAAGGGGUACCUUAGAGAUGAAACUCAGCCAGUAGCAGUUAAGAAGCCCAAGAUUGAUAUUAAAUUGGCAGGCCAAUUCGCAAACGAAGUUAUCAUUCAAUCUCGAGUCUUGCACAAGAACAUUGUCAAGCUUAUAGGUUGUUGCCUAGAAGUGGAUGUCCCAAUUUUGGUCUAUGAGUAUGUGUCCAAUGGUAGCCUCGAUAAAAUUCUGCAUGACAACAACAGGGUGCCUCUUGACUUGGAGCUUCGUCUACAGAUUGCUGCACAAUCAGCAAAGGGUCUAGCUUAUAUGCAUUCAGAAAUCACUAUGCCAAUUCUGCAUGGUGAUGUUAAACCAGCUAAUAUACUUUUAGAUGUUAACUUUGUACCAAAGAUCUCUGACUUUGGUACAUCGAGGAUGAUUACCGUUGAUGAAAAUUACACCAGCACUAUCAUUGGUAACUGGGGCUAUAUGGAUCCGGAAUAUGUGCAGACAGGCCUAUAUACCAGUAAAAGUGAUGUGUACAGUUUUGGAGUUGUGCUCUUAGAACUCAUUACAAGGAAGAAGGCCUUAGAUCCUGACAUCAAUAGCAUACUCGGGAAUUCUCAUGACGCUUACACAAAGAAGAAGAGAGUGAUUGAGCUUGUUGACCCAGAAAUUGCAGCAACAGGAAACAUCGGGAUUUUUCAUAGUUUGGCAGAAAUUAUUGUGCAAUGUCUAGAUCUUGAUGUUGAUCUAAGGCCGGAGAUGACAGAUGUAGCAGAGCGUCUUCAAUACCUGGUGAAGUGAUCUCAGGGCAGAUAAAACGGAACGUGAUUUGCUGGUGAGUUUGUUAUAGUUUAAAAGCAUCCUAGUGGAACAAGAAUUGAAACAAUUGUAUACAAUAGUUAAUUUCAUGGCCAAAUCUCGCAAGAAAGUAGGGGAGGUUUUAUUGAUCCGAAUUGAAGAAACUUGUGCACGCGCGCGUUGUAACUUGCACGUGAGGAAUUAUCCCUACAUAUAAAUAGUAUAUUUCUUUGUUUCUGAUGAUGA